AUGAGGGGCGCUUCUUCGAGCAUUGUUGUCAAGUUCGCGGAUACUGAAAAGGAGCGUCAUUCGAGGAAACUGCAGCAACUGAUUGGACCACUGGGCUUCAUCAAUCCUACCCUGGCCUUCUCCCAACUCGGAAAUGCUGCCUACUCUCAGGUUUUAGAGGCAAGUGUCUUGCCGGAAAGAUCUGUCCCCUGCCAGUCAGAAGUACAAUCCUUAAAUACGGUAAUGAACACUGCACACGGCUUAGUGAUUUCAGCUGAAGUUUCAAAGUCUGAGUUAAUUUAA